GCAACGUCCCCUAGCAGCUAGCUGUAUCAGCUUUGGAAGUCUUCCAAGCCCGAAUCCCUGUUGUUCGCCAGCAAAUCAGGGAUCGACGUCUUGGGGGUCCAAACCCCCAUUUUGCACUAGGUGCAUUGUCACGGGGCGGUGCUUUCCAGCUAAAGGAAAGGACUCCAAUCCUCAGGGGAAUCGUGAGCCCUGUUGAUGGUGUUUUCGGACCUUCCCCGAAUCCUCAGCCAUGACUUUGGACCUCCAGAACGCAGAGAAAGGGACAGUUAAGCGGAAAGGGGAUGCGCUUGAGAGCUCAGAAGGUGUCUCCUCCGGCCGUGAAAUCAAACUUCCGCGGCUAGGAGAGCGCCCUAGUCAGCCCCUUGGGUCUGCUUGCGCAUCUCCACAAACGCGGAUUUUUCAGUGCAUCGAGCACGCGAAAAUCAGUCAGUCUAGCAGCAACGUUCCAACGUCCUAUGACGUAUGCUUGGGAAUGGUCAAUCUACUGGCUUCGGGUCAUGUUUUUUCUGAAAAGGAUGCACAUUUCUUCUAUACCGAUAUGCGAGUAUCAGGGAGUAUUUUCAAGCUCUAUGACGUCCAUUGCAAAAAGUACAUAGGAAUGUUUCACUCAUACAUAUUGAGUCAGCUUGUACAAGAUUGCGACUUAACACUUUCCUCGCUGAUUUCACCUCCGAAGGUUCUCAAAGGAGAAAACCACGUGAAAAAUCAUCAAGGCUAUCAACCAAGGCUACGGAGCCAGGGUCUUGUAGCACAUGUUAUAAUAUAUGCGAAGCAUCACGACAUUUACAAACUGGGACGGAUUCUCUCACACGAUGGCCUAUAUCUUCAACACCCUAUCCGUUGUGACCCGACAGUUCCCUACAACAACCCUCAGUACUUCCUACCUCCUAACAUGGACAUGCCGCAACUGGAAGAUCUUACCAUGCACGACGAUAUGAAGAUUGCAGAUCGUGAAGAGGAACUUGGCCUUGACACAAAGAAAGAGGUUCUCAAGACCUUUGACUCGGCUGAUGGCCCAGAAAUAUACAGGCGCGUUGAGCAGAGUGUCCGCUUGAGUACUCCACUUCGAGAGCAUCAAUUGAAAGCAUUGGCUAUGAUGGUGGAGAAAGAGCGUGGCAGCUCCGAAGGAAACAAAUUCCCAGGUCUAUGGGAGGCAGUGAGAGACAGCUGUGGUGAGACAAGGUACCAUCACGUUGUCACCGGUGUCAGAAGAGACACGCCGCCCACUCCUCUCCGUGGCGGACUACUAGCUGAUGAAAUGGGUCUUGGGAAGUCGCUGAGCAUGCUAGCUCUCAUUGCCUAUCAUUUAGACAACCUGGCCUCAACAAACAUAGGUCCCCGGGCUACGCUCAUUGUGACAACAGCUUCAACAAUUCCCGGAUGGCAGCAGCAGAUCGAAAGACAUUUUCGUCCUGCGCGAAUAAGCUUUGCUGUUUAUCACGGCUCCCAUAGGCAAACUUUGUCUUCAGUGUUUCACUUGCACGAUAUAGUGUUGACUACCUAUGAGACUGUCCGGCGUGAAUGGUCUGACCAGCCGAAUGGUAGCAUUCUUUUCUCGGAGGCUCGGAAAUGGGCUCGGGUUGUUCUCGACGAAGCUCACCAUAUACGGAAUUGGACUAGUAAAGCUUUUGAGGCGGUUUAUCAGCUCCAUACAUCGUAUCGGUGGUGUUUGACAGGAACCCCUAUUCAAAACCGCUUGGAUGACUAUGGGGCGUUGCUAUCAUUCCUUAGAGUUACCCCAUUCGAGGGUCAGUCUGGCCGAAAGGCCUUUGCUCACUGGGUUCGCAUCCCAAUCCAUGAAAGCCAUGGCUUUUCCAUAGGGCUCCAGCGGUUGAAGAAACUUAUCAACGCGACAUGUUUACGGAGAACCAAGCGUCAUGUUCACGGACAAAACAAUAUACCUGACCGGACUGAGAAAGAGCAUUUCAUUGAUUUGGAGUCAUCUGAGCGCCAGCUUUAUGACUUCUUCAAAUCCAGAGCCCUAGCUUUGGCUAUGAGUUCCAGAGUUGAUGAGAGCGGCAAUGACCCAUCUUGGAAUACUAUGCUGUCUGUUAUCAAUGUUUUGAGAUUGAUAUGUAAUCACGGCGAGAGACUCCUAAAGCCACCAGCAGUGCAGCUAUGGCGUACUCACACUCUUUCAAAAGACCACACAGAUGUUCAUGAAGACCCCGGGGUAUCUCAGAACGCAUCAGAUCACAGCCAACCUGCGGAUGUGUCUGAGAAACCCUCGGAGUCGAUGGACGCCGGUGGGCAGACUGGCUAUGUUCAGCCAUCCUCGAAAGUCAGGGCAAUAAUGAGAAACGUUUUACAGGAGCAAAGGGAGAAUCAUUUGAGAGGCGAAGAAGCACCAACCAAGAGCGUCAUCUUCAGCUGCUGGACGAGAAUGCUUGAUCUCAUAGAGGUCGCCCUGAGGACGGCCAAGUUAACUUUUCAGCGUAUCGAUGGGCAAACAUCACUUGGAAACCGAGCUUUAGCGCUCAAAGAGUUUCAAAACAACUACGGUUGUACCGUCAUGCUUGCGAGCAUCGGUAGUAUUUCUGAGGGUGUUGAUCUUACAGCAGCUGACUACGUGCAUAUUGUUGAGCCGCAAUGGAAUCCUAUGACUGAAGCUCAAGCACUCAGCCGGAUUCACCGCAUAGGUCAAACCCGUCCUGUAUUCGCGAUCCGCUAUAUUGUGAACAACUCCAUCGAAAAGUAUGUUCAAGAAGUUCAGCAAUCGAAAUUGAGGCUGGUAGAAAAAUCGUUAGAUGAGGGGAAUCCGGCUCAGCCCGGAAUCGAAGGGCAGAAGCUUGAUGCAUUAAAAAGGAUUUUGAGCUCUCGCUCGUGAUAGCUUCAGCGGGCCGUCAAACUUUGAUAUUAACUUCCGAAUGCCGAAAGAAUUGCCUUGAAGAUCGAGUCUUGCUUAGUGAGGAAUUAAAUAUAGC